CACAAACAUGGCGCCUACUUGCUGCUAUACACACUGACGCUGGAGAGCAACAAAGUUUCCAGGAAUAAACACGGUGCACUCGUAGCGUACACUGAGGGGACGCUUUAUUUUCACUUGAGACGGAGUGGACUGGCUGAAAGCUGCAACUUGCCUACAUGUCAACGCGUUUUCCUAUAGAGAUCUAAACAGCUGGCCCUUCCAGCCAUGAUUGAGGAUAAGGGUCAUCGUGUGACAGACUACUUCGUAGUGGCUGGCCUGACAGACAAGUCCACCCCACUUGAACAGGAUCUGUCUGAAGCCAAAUCCAGCGGACCCAAAGCUCCCAUCACAGACUUGGCCGUCAUCAACAAGUCGGCUGCAGAAACAGUCCCUGAAGGUUUCACCUGCAUCGAGAGCACCUAUAGCAGCCAGCCAGCCAAUCUCAACCAUGGAAGUCUCAAGAGCCCAGAACUCUUCCUGUGUUAUAAGAGGGGCCGCGAGAAGUCUCCACUGAUUGACAUUGGGGUGCUGUAUGAGGGUAAAGAGCGUCUCAUUCCAGGCUGUGAAGUCGUCCUGGCCACACCAUAUGGCCGCUGUGCAAACGUCAACAACAGCUCAACCACAUCCCAGCGCAUAUUCAUCACGUACCGACGAGCGCCCCCUAUCCAGCCGCAGAACUCACUGGCUGUAACUGACAUAUGCGUCAUCAUCACAAACAAGGGUGAAACUCCUCCUCACACUUUCUGCAAGGUGGACAAGAACCUCAACUGUGGCAUGUGGGGAUCGAAUGUCUUUUUGUGCUACAAAAAGUCAGUGUCUGCCUCCAACUCCAUCGCCUAUAAGGCUGGUCUGAUCUUUCGAUAUCCAGAGGAAGACUACGAGUUAUUUCCCCUGUCAGAGUCUGUUCCCCUGUUCUGCCUGCCUAUGGGGGCCAAGAUCGAGUGCUGGGCCCCUAACACGCGCUACCCUUUACCCGUCUUCUCCACAUUUGUCUUGACCAACUCCAAUGGAGAAAAGGUGUAUGGAGCUGGGAUACAGUUCUAUGAGCCGUAUCCUGUGGAGGUCCUCAAUGAGAAACUUAAGAUCCAACUCGGUCUGCUCUCUCCUGUGGACAAGAUGGUCGUACCCAACCGCACUGUGAACACCAACAAGUGCAUCUGCUUGCUGUCUCGUUGGCCUUUCUUUGAGUCGUUUAGGAAGUUCCUCAUGUUCCUGUACAAGCUGUCUGCCAAUGGAGUCAACCCACUGCCCAUUGAGAAACACAUAUCCCACUUCAUGCACAAUGUCUCCUUCCCUUCACCUCAGAGACCCAGAAUACUGGUGCAGUUGUCGGCACAUGACACCUUAAUCCUGUCCCAACCUGUUUGUACACCUUUACCACUAAGUGGAGCAGACUACAGCACCCUGCUUAUGAAUCUGGGCCCAGAAAACUGUGCCACACUGCUACACUUUGUCCUGCUGGAGAGCAAGAUCCUGCUGCACUCCCUCAGACCAGCCGUGCUGACUGGAGUGGCUGAGGCCGUUGUGGCGAUGAUUUUUCCAUUCCAGUGGCAGUGUCCGUAUAUCCCUCUGUGUCCUCUGUCUUUGGCGGGAGUCUUGAAUGCACCAUGUCCCUUCAUCGUGGGUGUGGACUCGAGAUACUUUGACCUCUACGAUCCCCCACCAGAUGUAGUCUGUGUGGACCUGGACACCAACACUAUAUAUUUGUCUGAUGAAAAAAGACACAGUAACUGGAAGAACCUCCCAAAGAAGCCCUGCAAGAGUCUAAUCAACUCCCUGGGAAACCUGCACCACCAACUUGCCACUGCAGUUCGGCGGGCAGCACUUGAAGGCUCGGCAGUUGAGAUGACCCCAAUCGAGGCGGACUUCACGUGGCAUAAAAAGAAGACCGAGCUAGAGAUGGAGAUCCAGGAGGCGUUCCUGCGCUUCAUGGCCUCCAUACUGAAGGGCUACAGAAGCUACCUCAAACCCAUCACACAGGCACCUUCCGAGAAGGCUACUGCUGCUGACUCACUCUAUGACCUCCAAGGAUUCCUGAAGAGUAGAGACCGUACUCACCAGAAGUUCUACUCUCAGCUAACAAAGACCCAGAUCUUCAUUCGAUUCAUAGAGGAAUGUACUUUUGUCAGUGACAAGGACACUGGCCUGGCCUUUUUUGAUGACUGCAUUGAGAAACUUUUCCCUUCCGACAAAGGAACGGACAAGGGCACAAAGGUGGAAGGUGAGUCUUUUGAGGAGACCAGGUUGAUGGAACUGGACGAGUCUCUGAAGAGCGAGCAUACAGUUUUCGUCAUGCCUCCCGAACCCUCUCAGGAUGACGGCCCUGACCCCCCUCCAAAAUACAGUUAUAAGAAUUUUCCUAAUUUGCGGUUGGAGUUGUUUGAUCGUCCGCGAGAGCUGAAGCCAGCGCUGAGCACUAGAGCUGCAGGGGCCAGUUUGUCCAGUAGUCCCGCCCUGCUGGCCAAGAGAACCAAGCAGGAAAUUAAAAUGUCCUACAAGUUGGCAAAGCGUUUCUACUCCAAUCCACCCCAGUGGGCGAAGUGUCUGUUCAGUCACUGCUACAGUCUGUGGUUUAUCUGUCUUCCUGCUGGCAUGCGAACAGCACAGUCCAAACCCAGAGCCAUGCAGCAGGCCUUCAAUGUCCUGCUCAAGAUGAGGAGCUCAGAGGUGGAGGUACUCGAUGAGGUUUGCUACCGUGUGGUGAUGCAGUUGUGUGGUCUGUGGGGGAUGCCCGUCAUGGCUGUACGUGUCUUAAUGGAGAUGAAAAAGGCUGGAGUUCAACCCAACGCUAUUACUUAUGGAUACUACAACAAGGCUGUGCUGGAAAGUCCCUGGCCAAGCCGUAACCGCAGUGGACACUUCAUGUGGACCAAAAUGAGGAACCUGGUGCGAGGAGUGGUGCAGUUUAAACAGGCACUGCGUGGGACAGCUCUUCAUAAAGGACCUUCUCUGAUAACCCCAGAGGUAUUAGCUGGCUCAGUUGCUCGUGGAGAUGGAGACCGACUGAGUCACUGCAGUGCAGGCAACUCAAAUGAGACUAAUGUGGAGGGACACACUCCCUUUUCCCGAAGCCUUCUAGUUGAGGAUGCUACUGACAGUCACUUAAGUACAGGUGGUCAGUCAGAUCAGGGUUAUGGAUCAAAGGAUGAGCUUCCACAGGAUCUAACAGAUGCACAUAUAACCUCUGCUUCCCUGUCCAGCGUCCACACCAGCAGCAGCAAAGCCAGCAACACCAAACAGAAUGGGGAUGAUAUUUCUAGUUCUGUGGACAGUGUUGUAGCUGUGACCGAGCCUUUCAAUCCUGCUGAGAUAGUGCCUCCUGGUGCCAGCAUUGUUAAACUGUCCACUGGGAACUUUGACUGCAGUGCAGGCAGAGAAACCGGAGGUGUUGGCACAUGCAAGCUCUUCAUGCCUCACAAAAAGAGUGAAGAUAUAGCCCUGCCUGUGGAGAACGAUUCUACCAUCUCAGAUUCAGUCUCGAAGACUACACAACAGCAGAGAGUGAAAGCAUUUGCGGAGCACAGCUGCAGUUUCAGCGCGGAGAGCAAAGCUGGCAUGCUACAAAAGAAGGGCAGUCUGGAGAUCAGUGUAGAUCAAAUGGGCGCUGACGUAAAAAUCCUCGCUGCCGCGUUCCCUGGCAGCCUCACCCCUCCACCUUCUGCAACCAUCCCUCCCUUUAAGACCUUUAUGUUAAGACCUGCCCCCAAGGAGGAGGAACAUGAAGAUCAAGAAACAUGUUUUGAGGUAUAUGUAAAGGAACAAAGAAAAGAUGAAGUAUCGGUGGCGGUGACAACACCGCCAGGGAGUGAAGGAGUUGGGCGGAGCAUAAGCAUUGGCUCAUCCUCCUCUAAAGCGGUGGAGAGGGAGGAUGUUGAGGUGGGGGCGGAUCCUCUCUCGCUCUUUGCUUCGGAAACUGAGGAUGCAGUCUCUAUUCAAAGCCUGGAGUCCACACGCCCAUUUCCAGCUGUGGUAUCAAGGAAUCUUGCAGAUGAAAUUGAGAAGUACAUGAGCUUAAAGAGUCCACUUGGUGUGAAAUCCCCCAGCAUGGAGUUGCAACAGGGGGCAAACCGUGAAUCGGGUGACUGCCUGGACACGCCAGCAGUUAAGCAGCCUUUGGAAAGGAGAUCGAGCCUUCCAGCUGGCCCCGUCAAAGGACCUAGUUCAACGGACACUCCAAAACGAAGCCCUGGCGUUCCACGCUCUAAGACUUUUGCUAUCAAUUCACCCAAGACCCCGGGCGCUGCCGGUCAAAGGUCAUCGUCACUGACCGCACUUGUAAAGUCAUCACAGAGUAGCUCAUUGGGAUCUGUCAUCAAUUCCAUAUCAGGAAUUAAGAUGGACUCGCUGCUGUCGGGGCCUAAAGUUGACAUACUGAAGUCAGGCAUGAAGCAGGCAGCCAAUGUAGCUAGUAAGAUGUGGGAUGCAGUGGCCUCAGCGUAUUCCUACUCUGAUGAUGAGGAUGAGAACUCCCAGCCCAGAGACGGUUUCCCAGCCAGGCUGGAAGAAAAGUUGCUGUCUGCCGAGGGAACAGCAGACACCCCAAGAGGUCUGAUGCCCAGCCUGGCAUCAAACGGGCUCACGUGCAGCAACACCAGCCUGGGCAGCAGCAGCGGUAGCAGCGAUACCAGCCGUGGUCAUCUGCCAACACCUUUGACUCCUGGCCGGUCUAUGAGAAGCGCAGACUCGGAAAGGUCUGAACACAGUUCUUCUCAUCACGCCAGCACCUCCAGCAUUUACCAGAAUUGUGCUUUAGAGGUCCUCAUGUCGAGCUGCUCUCAGUGUCGAUCAUGUGAGGCUCUGGUGUAUGACGAGGAGAUCAUGGCAGGCUGGACUGCAGAUGACUCCAACCUCAACUCCACCUGUCCAUUAUGUCAAAUCUCUUUCCUCCCUCUGCUUCAUGUAGAGUUCCAUGACCUGCGUGCCACACCAGGCUUCUAUUUGAAGACGAGCACAUCAGGAGAAAGUAUCCACUGCUCCAGCACUCAGCCGGCCACCUCUGGUUCCUCAGAGGUCAAAGUGGGAAGUCCUACUGACCCUCCUGACCUCAUGAGCUGUCCUGAAUCCCCAGAGGAAAGCGAAGGUUCUGUCGCGAUACCCGUUUCUCAAACUGGAACACCCAAGAUUCUUGCACCUGAGCCAGUGCAUUCAGACCCCUUAAGUCUAAUGGAGAGACAAAUUGAGAAACGCAACACCUCUUUGACCCGCAGCAACAGUGUGGGUGGCCCUUUGCAAAGCCUGGACUGCAUUCAGCGGCCCAGUCAUGGCAUAUCCACCACCAGCCUACCCAACAGCCUGCUUGAGGUGGCGGACACAUUGGGUCAAAAGCGUCCAAACCCCAAACCAGUUUCUGUGCCAUAUCUCAGUCCACUGGUCCUUCGCAAAGAGCUGGAGUCACUAUUAGAGAAUGAGGGGGAUCAGGUAAUAUAUACCCAUAACUUUCUCAGUCAACAUCCCAUCAUCUUCUGGAACUUGGUGUGGUAUUUCCGCCGUUUGGACCUACCAAAUGUUCUGCCUGGACUCAUCCUUACCUCUGAGCACUGCAAUGAUGGAGUACAGCUGCCGCAGACAUCUCUGUUUCAGGACAGUAAGCAGGUUUAUGUGCAGCUGCUGUGGGACAAUGUGAACUUGCAUCAGGAGCCCACUGAGCCCCUUUAUCAACUCUGGAGGAUCUUCUUGCAAAGAAAGGGAACUUUAGCUACCACUGACCACCAGGAGAAAAGGACUCUGUUAAACAGCAUUGUACACAACAUCCAGACAAACAAUGUUUAUGGCCCCAUCAACUCACUCCUCAGAGAGAUCAAAAAACGACCAGACGUUAAACGACAGAGGAGUAUCUACAGGGAAAUAUUGUUUCUGUCACUUGUUGCUUUGGGAAAGGAGAACAUAGAUAUUGAGUCCUUUGAUCGUGAAUACCGUCUUGCAUACAAUGAGCUUAGCACAGAGCAGCUCAAAGUCCUGUCCCCCAUUGACAGACCACCUAGCAAUAGCGUGCAAUGGUGUCUCAAGUGCUUCGGAGCCCCUUUUAUCUGAUUUAACUCACUGUGACUGUUACAUUUCUGAGGCACGAACCGAAUGAUGAUUUGUGGAGCACAAACUCUUGUACAGUAAUUUCGUUUGUUUGCACCAUCUCCCAAAAUGUUUUACUUUUUAUCAUCUACCAGAAUAAAAAUGUAUUGGCUCCUUUGCUCUGAAAUUUCUGAGAGUGUCUAGCGCAGCAGCCGUACAGUGGGUAGAAAUGGCGUUUUUACUGUGUCGCCCAUCUCUAGUGUGCAACCUCUAUUCAGACUACAGUGGAAGUAAAUGAUGAACUCGGUGGAAAAAUCGGCUCACUGUAAGACUAAGGAAGUUUCUCAACACUGCCCUUCUAACUUCAGCCUAACGUAACUGUGGAAGGAGUCUUGUGGAUAUGGGGAGAGCGUUCUGGAGGCGUGGCCGUGAAAAUGGAUGUGCACUUUCAGAAAUGGUUCCUUUAUUGUUCUCCAUUGUUGCAUUGUGUUUUUAUACAUAUAUAUUUCUAUAUUGGGAUAUUCGAACUCUGUUGCCUUUCUCAAAGUGAGGGAUCUUGAUCUAGAUUUCAGUGGAGUCUUAAACACCUAGCCCAUCGAGGUUAACAUGGGACUUCAGUGUCAAAGUGCAACGUUACGUGAGAGGUUUGUGUGUGCAAUGUGUGUACAUUGGCUAGACCACACCUUAAAACAACAUACCGUGACAGCGGACAAUCAUAUUAAUUCCAUAACAUUCCAGAAUGCAUCUCUAAUGUCUUAAAGAGAGGGUGGAAUCAUUACGAUUGAUGGUAGAGUAAUGAAAUAUUAAGUAUAUUUUCUUAAAACUGCACAUCAGACCUUAAAGGAAUAGUUCACCCAAAAAUGAUAAUUUGCCAAUCAUUUACUCACCCUUAGGUCAUCUAAGAUGUAUAUGAUCAACUUUUUUUUUCAUCAGAACAGGAUUUAAGAUUUUGCGGAAAGUAUCCCAGGUUUUUAGCUUCAUCCAAAGCAAGUGAAUGGACACCAAUUUUUGACGGUCUAAAAAGCACACUUAGUCAGCAUCAAAUGAAUCCGCACGACUCCAGUCCAUCAUGUAAUGACUUCUGAAGUGAAAUUGAUACAUUUGUGUGUAAAGCUAAUUAAAACCGUUUACCACAGAGUACUUCACAUGAGAGUUAGGUCAAUUCAAACAGCUACAGAGAGCUGGUGGAAGCUCCGAUUUCCAAAAAAAAUUUAAUUAGCGAUUUGUUUUUCACACAAACAUAUCGAUUCACUUCAGAAGACAUUACUUAAAUGACUUUUUGGACUGUCAAAAAUUGGUGUCCAUUCACUAGCAUUGGCUGAAGCUAAAAACCUACUUUCCUAAAAAUCUUAAAUCUUGUUCUCAUGAAGAAAGGUCAUAUACAUCAUGGAUGUCCUGAGGGUGAGUAAAUUAUCAGCAAAUUUGCAUUUUUGGGUGAACUAUUCCUUUAUUGUUGACUAAUGACAUGUAUUGGGGGAAAAUCAUGAAAUACUUUGGGAAUUGAGGAGUCAAUUAUGAAGUGAUUUAACUUAUUCAUUUAUAUACAUUAUAUAAAAUUAAUUUACAGUUUGUAAUCUCUUCACACUCUUAUGUGUACAGCAAUGACGCUUUAACAUUGAAAGGAACACGUCCAUAGAACCUCAUACAAGAAUGUAUAUCUCUUUUUUUUUUUUAUAUCUCCUAGAUUUAGUCUUGUGGGAUACUAGUAUCCAUUAAUUUUCUAAGCAAAAAACUCUUAAAAUCAGUCCAGUUUUUCAGUCCCGAUGUACAAGCAAAUCCAAAGGAUGUAUAAACCUUCCAGAUACUGUCAUUCGCAAAUGAAUCAGUGAAGAAAUUGAAAUAAAUCUUGUGCCUUGUUAUCAAGUCAAGGUAGAAUUUAUAGGAUUUGUAAAAUUUAAGAUUUAUUUACUAAUAAAUUAACAUGAUAGAGUGCAAUUGGUCUGUCUUAAGUUAUUUAUCAUUUUAAUUGUUACUAUUUAAAUCUACUGAAUAUAUGUAUUUUUGAUAGCCAGUGUAAAUGCAACAUUCUCCCUUGGUUUUUGGUCCCUUGAAUAAAGUGUAAGUGUAAAUAACUUAUAUCUGACAUUACUAUUAAGUCAUAUCAUUAUCCAGGAGAUGUUUUAGUAUGUGAUAAUCAUGUACACAACUCUAUUGUUUGUGACUUUACAACAAGUUUCCCAAGAACAAUAGACCACGAUAAAUAUAAAUUUACCUAGAGCGGACUAUAUCGAGAAUACAAUGUAAUGUUCUGUGAGAACAAAUGAAAAAAAGAUUAAUAUAUACUGUAUGUAUACAUCAUUUUUUUACUGGGUAGAAAUACUGUAUGUCCUAGUAAAGCAGGUGUAUCAUUAUCUAAUUGUUAGACUGAAUGUUUGGAUUGCCACUUAAAAGAGGAAAAACUCUUGAGGUUAUACAGUAUGCAUCAAACUGUUUAAUAAUCCUCAUCUGUAACUUUAUUUAUUGUGAUAAGAUUUAAUCAGUAUAUAAGUAGGCAAUAAGUAUAGCCUCUUAUCUGUCAUUCAGAAUACAAACAAAAACUCCUUGAUUUGACAAACUUUAAAGUCCCAAAUAAUGUACUAAUGUAGCAUUCAAACUCAGAUUAUAUCCUGACAUAAUUUUGUUCAUUACAGUAUUUUACUGCCGUAAAUGUGUAGAAUUAACUUCAAGAAGGAAUAAUACUGACAAAUGCAAAUAAUAUAAUGAUGUGAAAAACUGUGAAAUUGUAUGUCAAGACUGAUGUAGACAAUACGGUUAACGUUCACAGGUCUUAAACUAAUGCUGUGUAAAAGUUUGAUAUUGUGGGAUCACUUGAAGCAAUGUGUGAGUAACAUCUCUGUAUCUAGAUUUAUUUAAACCACGAAUUGAGGGACUGUAGUUCUAGUUAAAUCCUAAUUGAAGGGCUCAUCAUGACCAGGGUUUGAAAUUACAUAUCAGAGGAAUGUUUAAAUUGGUUCAUACAAUGUAUCCUCUGCCAUCCUGUGAAGUGGAUGUGCAUUUGUCACACUGCAAUAAAUACAUGUUGCCCUGAUUUGACUGUGGCUAAAAUGUCUUGAUAACUUGAAUACUUUCCCUGUAACAAAGUAUGAUUAUUAAUUUAGAAUUUAUUGCAAUAUUUUUGUCUCACAAAUUCUGCAAAUCACAUGACUAAUGAAUAUGACUGAUUGUCCCAAAUAAAGACUUAAGAUAUUGAUA